AUGCAAAACCGACGUUACAGGGCAAUGGUUUCUGUGUUUGCUACACUACUGUCGGGGAAGGUGAAGGAGGCCAUACGAGGAUGUGCAAUGCUGGACCCGGAAGUGGACUACCCGAGAGCCAGAAAUAUACUGAAGGAGAUGUUUGGCCAACCAUUCCGAGUGGCACGAAACAUGAUUGAGGGGGUGCUAGCAGAGGCGAGGCGCACACGAGGCGAAACUAGAUCUCUAUCAAACCUGGUCACCAAGAUGCAGAACUGCAGCAUCGCUCUAAACCACCUCGAAUAUCGGUCGGACCUGGAUUCACUUCAAACGCUGGAAUCGAUUGUCAGAUGUCUGCCGGCCGAAAUGCAGACAGCCUGGGCGACCGAGGCUGAUCGAAUCGAGAAACGGAUCAGAGAGGCAACCUUUGACGAACUCGCCUAA